AGGGGGAGGGCGGGGAGGUGGGGCAAGCCUUUCAUCCCAGCACUUAGGCAAGAGGAUCUCCAUGAGUUCUAGGGCAGCAUGGUCUGCACUUGAGUCCCAUCCUGGUCAGCCAGAAUCACAGUGAGCCCCUGACUCAGAAAAAAAAGAAAGAACAAAACAAAGAAAAAACGAAAGAAAGAGAGAGAGAAGGAAGAAAAGAAAAAGGGGCACGAGGAAGCUUCAAAUAAGAUGCAAGGAAGUGCAUACGUCACUAAGGUUCUGAAGGAUGUGUAGGAGUUUGAUGACGCCCUGCCCUACAGGGGCAAUGUCUUAGGCAUCAGAUACAUAGACAUUCAGAUUGUAUCUAAGGAGCAUUGUGUGAGGACAGAUGGCUGCAGAGGCUGAAGGACCCUGGCGGCAGUACUGGGGUUACGGGGAACACAGAAGGUGUUAAAACAGAGGACAUAGGGGAGGUACUGGGAGCGAGUGGCCCACGGCAUAUUGGUUCCGUUUUCUCCUGCACGCGGUUGCUGAUGGCUCCGUCCGUUUCCUCCAGUGUUAUUUUCACCUCCUUCCUGUUUGUCUCUGGCAGCUCGGCAAGAUGGGUAGGGCACAGCCUCACCCCCCCCUCUUGCCCCCCUCGCUGCUCCCCGGAAACCGCAUGUCAGAGCUCAGCUCCGGUUCUCUCAGCCACCCCAUCCCACAGAUACAUGGAGAAACAGGGAGAUUGAGGCCUGUGUCGGCCUCACCCAGGAGCCUAAGCAGGCUGCUCCCUCCUGGAGAGGAUGAGAGACCCUGGGUUUAUCUGCUCUCCAGGGCGGGCGGAGGCUGAGUUUGCUUUUCUGGGGAAACUUUAAUCUCCGGCCUUUAUUUUCCCAGGCAUCCUUGGAGGCCUUGUCUGAGUGUGCGGGGUCAUGCUGUGACGCCCCCACCCCAAGCCUGUUCAGGGCAUGGGCCAGCGCCCCGGGUGCACCAGCCUCUGGGCCUGGGGUUUUCUAAACAGGACAAGAACAGGGUCCCUAGAGAGUCCGGGUGCAUUUAAGGCUGCAGCUGGGGGUGGACGCAGGCUCUCAAGGCCCUUUCUCUGGAGUCUUCUCCUGCCCUGUGCGUCCAACUCCCAGCCUCAAUUUACCUGCAAACCCCACCCUCGCACCCAGUCAAAUUCCUCCUCUGUGGUUAGGGAACGACCCUUGAGCUGGCCUAUGGUGAUAUGGGGGGUGGGGUUGUUCCCAGAGAGAGGCGGGGCCUGAUGACCGGCCUAAGCCGGUUUGGCUCUUGGCUAGCCCCUAAGAACUCCCAGGCACUGAGGACCCAGGUCCCUUGACCACGGGACUAGCGGUCCGUACUUCCAUACAUCCCUGAGCAAUGUGUGUCUGUGGGAUGCUGCACCCAGCGCUGGACCGCGACCUCCAGCGCUGCCAGACUCGGGCCCCAGAUCUCCUUGAGGCCCGCCGGCCCCUGGCUCAUGAAUGCCUGGGUGAAGCUCUGCGAGUCAUGCGUCAGGUCAUCUCCAAAUACCCACUCCUGAACACCGUGGAGACACUCACAGCUGCUGGUACACUCAUUGCCAAGGUCAAAGCCUUUCAUUAUGAAUGCAACAAUGAAUCAGAUAAGAGGGAGUUUGAGAAGGCACUGGAGACCAUUGCUGUGUCCUUCAGCUGCACUGUGUCGGAGUUCCUUUUGGGUGAAGUGGACAGCAGUACACUCCUGGCUGUGCCUCCGGGGGACCCUAGCCAGUUGGUGGAGAACCUUUAUGGGUCAGGCAGUGAGGGGCCCCCACACAGCGUGGAGGAUUGUGAAGAAGGUUGCCUGCCCCCCGAGGAGGUGGACAUGCUUCUCCAGCGCUGCGAGGGAGGUGUGGACGCCGCGCUGCAGUAUGCAAAAGACAUGGCCAGGUACAUGAAGGACCUCAUCGGCUACCUGGAGAAGAGGACCACCCUGGAGAUGGAAUUCGCCAAAGGGCUGCAGAAGGUCGUCCAUAACUGCAGACAGAACGUCACUCAUGCGCCCCACAUGCCUCUCUUAUCCAUCUACUCACUGGCCCUGGAACAAGAUCUGGAGUUUGGCCACGGCAUGGUGCAGGCAGUGGGCACGCUGCAGACCCAGACCUUCAUGCAGCCCCUGACCCUGCGGCGGUUGGAGCAUGAGAGACGCAGGAAGGAGAUCAAAGAAUCCUGGCAUCGUGCACAGAGGAAGCUGCAAGAGGCAGAGGCCAACCUGCGCAAGGCUAAACAGGGCUACAAACAACGUUGUGAAGACCACGACAAGGCCCGGCUCCAGGUGGCCAAGGCUGAGGAGGAACAACAGGGCACAGGGCCAGGAGCAGGGACUGCAGCCUCCAAGGCCCUGGACAAGAGGCGGAGGCUGGAGGAAGAGGCCAAAAACAAGGCCGAGGAGGCCAUGGCCACUUACCGCACAUGCGUGGCAGAUGCAAAGACACAGAAGCAAGAGCUGGAGGACACAAAGGUGACUGCGCUGCGACAGAUCCAGGAGGUCAUCAGACAGAGUGAUCAGACCAUUAAGUCGGCCACCAUCUCCUACUACCAGCUGAUGCACAUGCAGACAGCGCCGCUGCCUGUGAACUUCCAGAUGCUGUGCGAGAGCAGCAAACUAUAUGACCCGGGCCAACAGUACGCAUCUCACGUGCGUCAGCUGCAGCGAGGCGAGGAGCCGGAUGUGCGCUACGACUUUGAGCCUUAUGUCUCCACCAAUGCCUGGUCCCCAAUCAUGCGAACACGGAAGGGCAGCUUCAAUCCUGGUGACGCUUCAGGACCCGAAGCUGCCGGCAGUCCCCCGGAGGAAGGUGGCACGUCUGAGGGGGCUCCCAACAAGGACCACAGGGGGGGACGAGGUCAUCAGGUACAUAAGUCCUGGCCUAUCUCCAUCUCAGACACCGAAGUCAGCCUGGACGUCAGCUCAGGGGACUUGAAGAAGUUCGAUCGAACCUCGUCCAGCGGGACCAUGUCAUCCAAUGAGGAGCUGGUAGAUCAGGAAGCUGGCUUGGUCGCCUCCGCUUUUGAUUCAGCUGACCUCAAUGGCAUGGAUCCCGAGUUACCUGUUGCCAUGCCCAGUGGACCCUUCCGCCAUGUGGGAUUGUCCAAGGCAGCCCGCACACACCGACUUCGCAAGCUGCGAACGCCGGCCAAGUGCAGAGAGUGUAACAGCUACGUGUACUUCCAAGGGGCCGAAUGUGAAGAGUGCUGUCUGGCUUGUCACAAAAAGUGUUUGGAGACCCUGGCUAUCCAGUGUGGUCACAAGAAGCUUCAGGGCCGCCUGCAGCUGUUUGGUCAAGACUUCAGCCAGGCAGCCCACAGCACCCCUGAUGGGGUGCCCUUCAUUAUUAAAAAGUGUGUCUGUGAGAUUGAGCGGCGGGCACUGCACACUAAGGGGAUCUACCGGGUCAACGGCGUGAAAACGCGUGUGGAGAAGCUGUGCCAGGCCUUUGAGAAUGGCAAAGAGCUGGUGGAGUUGUCACAGGCCUCACCGCACGACAUAAGCAAUGUCCUGAAGCUGUACCUACGGCAGCUGCCGGAGCCCCUCAUCUCUUUUCGCUUCUACCAUGAGCUGGUGGGAUUAGCUAAGGACAGCCUAAAGGCAGAGGCCGAAGCCAAGGCAGCAAGCCGGGGCCGGCAGGACGGGUCCGAGAGUGAGGCUGCGACCUUGGCCAUGGUGGGCCGCCUGCGAGAGCUCAUGCGGGACCUGCCAGCCGAAAACCGGGCCACACUCUUAUACCUGCUGAGGCACCUGCGAAGGAUCGUGGAAAUGGAGCAAGAUAACAAGAUGACCCCCGGGAACCUGGGCAUCGUUUUCGGGCCCACACUGCUGCGGCCUCGGCCCACAGACGCCACCGUGUCCCUCUCUUCUCUGGUGGACUACCCCCACCAGGCCCGUGUCAUUGAGACUCUGAUUGUCCACUAUGGCCUGGUCUUUGAGGAGGAGCCAGAAGAAGCAGCUGGCAGCCAAGAGGGGGCGUCCGCCCAGUGUGCCCAGCUGGAGACUGCUGAGGGCAUUGUCUUCCCCCAGCAGGAGGAGGCGGACGAUGGAAACCGAGAAUCCCAGGUGGCAUCCAAUGACUCAGACUCAGAGCUGGAAGAGGCUUCUGACCUCCUUUCGUCCUCGGACGCCAGCGCCCUGCACCGCCUCAGUUUCCUGGAGCAGACCGAGGCAGGCCUGGAGGAAGGUCCCCAGAGCCACAGUGGCAGUGAGGAACAGCUGGAGAGUGAGGAUGCAGCCCCAGGCCAUCAGCUGUGUUCCUUCAACACCAACCAGUCCAACAACACCACACAAGCCUCUCUGCCCACCAUGCGACUCCGAGAUGGGCAGAUCACAGGUGGCAGCGGUCGGAAGCGGCAGCCACAGUUUGUCUGAGCUGGGUGGUGAUGUUGGGGACCAUCAGCUCACUGCCAGCUACUCUUAAGGGUCACUAUGGGCCCUUGACUUGUUUUGGGGGUUUUCUCACAAUGCCGAGAAGCUUGAGGGAGCUCAGGGCACCCUGGCACCAUGGACUCAGAUGGAUAGUGGUCCCAGGUGGACUUGCCUGGCCUUCGUGUGCCUGUGCCUGUGCCUGAUGCAGCCGCCGAGUCCCAUGAUGCCUUCGUCUCUCCCACGGCCCCCAUCAGUCUGGAUGUGUCUGAGUGGGCACAGCACCAGGACAGGAUGCUGUGUGGUGUGCAGUCCUGGCUCUGGCUUCAGGAAUCUUGCAGGAGUCUGGGCAUGGAAAGACAGGUGGGGGUACACAGUGGGUCUCUCCCAAGGAGCAGUGAAAGAGCUUUGCACGUGCACCCCCAAUUUGCUUGAAUAAACGUCACUGACUGGGCCACACCCCAA